AUGCUGCCUGACUACAGCGAUAGUCCGGUUCUUGCCGGCGUGGUUGCGCAGGGGCUCCUUCCUUCGAAGAGGGAUUGCUACCUGUUGGCGCAGACAGUGUUGAGGGGAUUUGCCAGCUGGUUUUGCUCCCGUCCUGCGUGGACAGUGGGAGAGGCCAGUGCGACCCUUCGAAAACGUUACUGCGCUGAGAUCCAGGAGAGUUAUGAUGGCGUUGCCGUCAUUCAUCGUGGAUGCAUCGAAGACUACUUUACAGAGGGAGGGCACCUCGGUCGUGUUGGAUUUGGGACCGUGUGCAGAUCGCUGUCCAAGAGCUUCGUGAACGUCCCCAUGAGCCGCAUGCUUGAGUUCCCACCAGCCCUGGGUGAGGAGAGGGCCACGCGAGAGCACGCAUACUACAUUGUCAUGAACCUUCUGGAGGGGCCUAUGCUGCAAGGUUGGAUAACCGCCAUGAAGACAGCAGUUCCCGAGCGCACCUGCGCAGACUUGGCGCAGCAGAUGCUCUCGGCAGUGCACUACUUACAUCGUGUGGCUGGAGCCGUGCAUCGUGAUGUUAAACCGGACAACUUUGGCUUUGUCCGUACAGUCCGAAAUAUUGACCAGCCAGGGAACGUACAGCUCUUCGACAUGGGCUUGGCUUGGGUGCUGCCCGAAAAGAUCCAAGAGUCCAGCGCAACGGACCUCCACGAUGUUGCUCCUGGGGGCACACUGGGUUGGCUCUCUCCUGAAGCCUGGUGCGGACUCUGCGGUGCCUGCUCGGACGUUUGGGGGGUGGGAUUGAUUGUGCACACACUCCUCGUCGGAGACAUGCCGUUUGGACUCCGCAAGCUUGAGGAGGAGGUGCAGGUCCGCAAUGCUGUUUUCAAGAGCAAGUUGAACCUGAGCACCUCGAUCUGGCGCCGCGUCUCCGCGCAGGCGCGCAAAUUUGUAGACCAGCUCUUGGCCAAGGAUGUCGCGGCUCGGGCCACCACGACUGCAGCACUGAGGCACAGCUUCAUCCGAGAGGAGAACGUGCCUCCGUCAUGGAGUUCGAGGGCGUGCACCGAGAACGUGCCACCGAUCCCGAACGAUCCCGAACAAUCCAACACAGUUCCCAGCCCACAGGGGCUCCUUCCUUCGAAGAGGGAUUGCUACCUGUUGGCGCAGACAGUGUUGAGGGGAUUUGCCAGCUGGUUUUGCUCCCGUCCUGCGUGGACAGUGGGAGAGGCCAGUGCGACCCUUCGAAAACGUUACUACGUUGAGAUCCAGGAGAGUUAUGAUGGCGUUGCCGUCAUUCAUCGUGGAUGCAUCGAAGACUACUUUACAGAGGGAGGGCAUCUCUGUCGUGUUGGAUUUGGGACCGUGUGCAGAUCGCUGUCCAAGAGCUUCGUGAACGUCCCCAUGAGCCGCAUGCUUGAGUUCCUUCCGGCCCUGGGUGAGGCAUACUACAUUGUCAUGAACCUUCUGGAGGGGCCUAUGCUGCAAGGUUGGAUAACCGCCAUGAAGACAGCAGUUCCCGAGCGCACCUGCGCAGACUUGGCGCAGCAGAUGCUCUCGGCAGUGCACUACUUACAUCGUGUGGCUGGAGCCGUGCAUCGUGAUGUUAAACCGGACAACUUUGGCUUUGUCCGUACAGUCCGAAAUAUUGACCAGCCAGGGAACGUACAGCUCUUCGACAUGGGCUUGGCUUGGGUGCUGCCCGAAAAGAUCCAAGAGUCCAGCGCAACGGACCUCCACGAUGUUGCUCCUGGGGGCACACUGCGUUGGCUCUCUCCUGGAGCCUGGUGCGGACUCUGCGGUGCCUGCUCGGACGUUUGGGGGGUGGGAUUGAUUGUGCACACACUCCUCGUCGGAGACAUGCCGUUUGGACUCCGCAAGCUUGAGGAGGAGGUGCAGGUCCGCAAUGCUGUUUUCAAGAGCAAGUUGAACCUGAGCACCUCGAUCUGGCGCCGUGUCUCCGAGCAGGCGCGCAAGUUCGUAGACCAACUCUUGGCCAAGGAUGUCGCGGCUCGGGCCACCACGACUGCAGCAUACUGCAGCACUGAGGCACAGCUUCAUCCGAGAGGAGAACGUGCCUCCGUCACGGAGUUCGAGGGUGUGCACCGAGAACGUGCCACCGUCAUCACAGAGUCCGAAGGUGUGCGCCCAGAAGCGGGAGGCUUCUUCCCGUCUUUCGCAAGAGCAAACCAGACCGUUGGCUGGCUCAACGUGAGGUCAGCUUUUGGCUCCAAGCGGAGUCUAGUUCCAUCUAGUUUCCCUGUGCCGCGCUCCAUUCUCAUGCUGCCUGACUACAGCGAUAGUCCGGUUCUUACCGGCGUGGUUGCGCAGGGACUCCUUCCUUCGAAGAGGGAUUGCUACCUGUUAGCGCAGACAGUGUUGAAGGGAUUUGCCAGCUGGUUUUGCUCCCGUCCUGCAUGGACAGUGGGAGAGGCCAGUGCGACCCUUCGAAAACGCUACAUUGACAUCCAGGAUAGCUAUGAUGGCGUUGCCGUCAUUCAUCGUGGAUGCAUCGAAGACUACUUUACAGCAGGAGGGCACCUCGGUCGUGGUGGAUUUGGGACCGUGUGCAGGGUCGAGCCCACUGGACAGGGACUGAGCCGCUUCAAGCCACUGAGCCCGGGCAUCGCCUACGCAAUGAAGAGGGUUAAACUCCCCAACCGCGAUACAGAGUUGGAGUCGCUCUCCAAAAGCUUCGUGAACGUCCCCAUGAGUCGCAUGCUCGAGUUCCUUCAGGCCCUGGGUGAGGAGAGGGCGACGCGAGAGCACGUGACGCGAAAUCUUCUGAGGGUCUUGGACAUGCCGCAAAGCAUGUACAUUGUCAUGAACCUUCUGGAGGGGCCAACACUGCAAAAUUGGAUGACCGCCAUGAAGACAGCAGUUCCCGAGCGCACCUGCGCAGACUUGGCGCAGCAGAUGCUCUCGGCAGUGCACUACUUACAUCGUGUGGCUGGAGCCGUGCAUCGUGAUGUUAAACCGGACAACUUUGGCUUUGUCCGUACAGUCCGAAAUAUUGACCAGCCAGGAAACGUACAGCUCUUCGACAUGGGCUUGGCUUGGGUGCUGCCCGAAAAGAUCCAAGAGUCCAGCGCAACGGACCUCCACGAUGUUGCUCCUGGGGGCACACUGCGUUGGCUCUCUCCUGAAGCCUGGUGCGGACUCUGCGGUGCCUGCUCGGACGUUUGGGGGGUGGGAUUGAUUGUGCACACACUCCUCGUCGGAGACAUGCCGUUUGGACUCCGCAAGCUUGAGGAGGAGGUGCAGGUCCGCCAUGCUGUUUUCAAGAGCAAGUUGAACCUGAGCACCUCGAUCUGGCGCCGUGUCUCGGAGCAGGCGCGCAAGUUCGUAGACCAGCUCUUGGCCAAGGAUGUCGCGGCUCGGGCCACCACGACUGCAGCACUGAGGCACAGCUUCAUCCGCGAGGAGAACGUGCCUCCGUCAUGGAGUUCGAGGGUGUGCACCGAGAACGUGGUGCCGCUGUCACCGAGUUCGAAGGUGUGCACCCAGAAGUGUGAAGGCUUCUUCCCGCACGUUUCAACACGAAGCAUGUGUUGGAACGCAGUAGACUGA